AUGGUGCCAAAAUUCUACCAGCAUGCCUUGGCCAUGGCCUUUGCCAUCGAUGAGAUCAACAAGAAUCCCCAAAUCUUACCCAACAUCACCCUUGGCUUCCACAUUUGUGACAGCUAUUCUAAUUCAUGGAUGACCUAUCGGACCACUCUCAACCUGCUCUCCAAAAGGCUGAGAUACGUUCCCAAUUAUGAGUGUGAUGGAAAGAAAAGUCUCCUAGCAGUUAUUGGGGGACUGGGUUCCGACACCUCUGUUCUUAUGGCUGACGUCUUAGGUCUCUACAAAAUUCCUCAGCUUCACACAUUCCUGCAAAGGUUGUCAUUUAACAACACGGAGGGAGAAUCAGUGUCUUUUAAUGAGAAAAGGGAAAUAGGGGGUGGAUUUGACAUCAUGAACGUGGUCAUAUACCCCAAUACCUCUUUCCAUCAAGUGAAAAUUGGAAGGGUGAUUCCCGGUGCUCCUGAAGGAGAAGAUGUCGUGAUUGAUUGGGAUAGAAUUGUGUGGCACCGAGGCUUUAAUGAGGUGGUUCCCAUUUCGGUUUGCAAUGAGUACUGCCAUCCUGGCUUUCAGAAGAAAAGUAAGGAAGGUGAAAAGUUUUGUUGUUAUGAUUGUGUUCUAUGCCCAGCAGGAAGGAUUUCAAACCAGACAGACAUGGAUGACUGUUUCAAAUGUCCAGAAGACGAGUAUCCAAAAGAGAACAAUAAUGGAUGCCAGCCCAAACGUGUCAUCUUUUUGUCAUAUGAAGAUCCUUUAGGGUGGAGUUUAGCCUUGGUUGCUCUCUCUUUUUCCCUGAUCACAGUCUGGGUCUUAGGACUUCUCAUGAAGCACAAAGACACCCCCAUUGUCAAAGCCAACAAUCGGGACCUCACCUACACUCUCCUCAUCUCUCUCCUCUUCUGCUUCCUCUCGUCUUUGCUCUUUGUUGGACGACCUGGAAAGUUGAGCUGCCUCCUCCAACAACCGGCCUUUGGCAUCAUCUUUUCUGUGGCCAUAUCUUGUGUGUUGGCCAAAACCAUCACCGUGGUUGUGGCUUUCAUGGCCACCAAACCAGGAUCCAACAUGAAGAAAUGGCUGGGAAGAAGGACAGCAGACUGCAUUGUGCUCUCCUGGUCUUUAGGUCAAGCAGGAAUUUGUUCUGUGUGGUUAGGAACAUCACCCCCAUUCGCAGCAUUUGACAUGCAAUCAUUGGGUGAAGAGAUUAUAGAAGAAUGUAAUGGAGGCUCCCUUGUCAUGUUUUAUCUUGUCCUGAGCUAUAUGGGCUUUUUGUCCCUUGUGUGCUUCACGUUGGCUUUCUUGGCAAGAAAGUUGCCAGACAGUUUUAACGAGGCCAAGUUCAUCACCUUCAGUAUGGUGGUCUUCUGCAGUGUUUGGGUGUCCUUUGUUCCCUCCUAUUUGAGCACCAAGGGGAAGUACAUGGUUGCUGUGGAGAUCUUCUCUAUCUUAGCUUCCAGUGCGGGUCUCUUGAUUUGCAUCUUUGCUCCCAAGGUUUACAUUAUUCUCUUGAGGCCUGAGUUAAACACCAAGGAGCAGCUUAGAAGGUGGAAAAAAGAAUGA